AUGGAGGAAGCAAUGCAGAUGAUUACCACAGCCUCUGGUGUCGUGUACGACGGCCUGCAGUCCGCAUUGAGCUUCAUGACCGAAGGCUGCAGCCUUUGCCAGGUUCCUGCUUGGGAGGAGGCUGAGGAGGUCUUGCCGUUUUGCCAGUACCGCACGGCGUGCAGAGUGCACGCAGAGCCGAAGGAGCUUGUGGCCCAUCUUGUUGGCCUUGUGCAGCCGGAGAGGAUGGACGUCUACACGUUCGCGUUGGGGCAGCUUUGCCACCCCGACGACCGGGAGCAACGCCUUCUCUGCAGUGACUUUCAUACUCGUGAGGGUUACAGAGGCCUGGAAUGCUUGUUUUCGAAGAAGCUGUCGCACUGGUGGAGCAUGAACCCAGCCGCUUAUGUGGAUGUGCUGUCGAGCUUGCGGAAGCACCGCUCAGCAAACCCAGAUCUGCGGGUUGUGAUUAGCGACCUUGCCAGCAAGCUCUUGUGUCACGGGCCAGACAGGCGGGCUCGACACUUUCUCAUCCGAGAUGUUUUGGAGAUGCUCAGGUCCGCUGAUUUCAACGACCAGUUCCGGGCCAUUCGUGCCUUAAGGAACUCUACGGCCCACUUGGGCAGGUUUAGGAGCAAGUGCAAGGCAGCUUUAGCGCCAAUAUUGGCUCAGAAGCCGAAAGGGAAAGUGCUGCGCGCUUGUGCCACAUCGGCUGUCGAAAGGCUGGACGAGCUGUCCAGCAGGCAACAGAAACUUCAUUAG